AUGGAACGCAAGCGCCGGGAGGACGCCCCAUAUGGAGAGCCUGAGGAGGGAGGCCUGGGCGGGGGGGCUCUCCGACGAAGGUGGCCAUCGGGCCAGCUAGUCCGCCGCCGGCCGCCGCCCCCCGCCCCGGAGCGCGGGGGCUGCUCCGUACUCACGGCUCAGCUCAAGGGUCCACUCCGGGAAGAGGCUCGGCACUUGUGGCCUGUGCCCUCGCGUCCUUCAGCAGCUGCCUCCGGCCCCGCCCCACCCCCCACCUCCACCCCGCAAGGGGAAUUCGAUACCCGCUCCCAAAUUGGGGUCGGGAGUGCGUGGGGCGGAGACCACGGUGGCUUCCCCUCUCCCCCUGGAGCUGCACUGGCUGCUGCGCCUCUGGGGCUGUCCAGUGGGGGACCAAGAGCCCUCAUCACCUCAUACCUGGACUUGGGCAGUAGCUUCUGGCCUCCCCAGGACAUCAGCCUAGAAGAAUUUGACGAUGAAGACUUGUCUGAGAUCACCGACGACUGUGGCAUUGGUCUCAACUAUGAUUCGGAUCCUUGUGAGAAGGACAGCCUCUCGCUGGGACGUUCGGAACACCCGCACCCUAUCUGCUCCUUCCAGGAUGAUUUUCAGGAGUUUGAGAUGAUUGAUGAGAAUGAGGAAGAGGAAGAGGAGGAAGAUGGGGAAGGGGAGGUAGAAGAUGGGGGUCACAGGCACGAAGGACCCCCCUCACCACCCCUCAUCCCAUCUCCCUCUGCCCAAGAGCCCCACAAACCUCGUCCCACCACCUUGAACCUUACCUCACUUGGGACCCAGGACUCUUUGAACAACAAUGGGGGCUUCUCUCCUCCUCCCCGGGCUACUUGGCAGGAGACCCUGCUGCCCUCACCCCCUGAGGAGCCCCACAAUGAUGGGCACCGUGAGGAACAGUGUGGGCCCCCCAGUGACUACGACUGCGAAGGAAACCGGUCGGGAGAGGGAUCCGAGGCGUCCAUGGGGCCCCCGCCUGCUCCCGGAGGCUCCUCGCCCUCCUCGGACCCAGGCAUCGAGGCCGACUUGCGCAGCCACUCCAGCGGGAGCCGGAGCCGGAGCCGGGGCCGGGGCCGAGGCCGGGGCCUUCGGAGCAGUCAGGAGCUGUCCUCCCCAGGCUCAGGCUCGGGCUCGGACUCGGAGGAUGCUGAAGGGGAGCUGGCGGCUGCGGGGCCCGGGUCCGGGGGCAGAGGCCUGGGCCACAUGAUCUCCUCCAUCUCCGAGACGGAGCUCGACCUGAGCAGCGACGGCGGCAGCAGCAGCGGCCGCUCCUCCCACCUCACCAACUCCAUCGAGGAGGCGUCGUCGCCCGCCUCGGAGCCCGAGGCCGAGGUCGAGACCGAAUCUGGGCUGGACGCCGGGCCCCCCGAGGCCGGCCUAGCUCCCUCUCCGCGGCCUACCGAGCCCUCCGCGGUGCCGGCGCCCGCUCCAGCGGAGCCUCCCAGCGGCUUGCGGCGGCCCGCCUAUCUGCCGGUGGGCCCAGGAGGGGCUGGAGCCGGCCAGUCUGCCGGGCCUGACGAGGCCAACAGCGAGUACGAGUCCGGCUCUGAGUCGGAGCCCGACGUGAGCGAAGAUGCUGAUUCGCCGUGGCUGCUCAGCAACCUGGUGAGCCGCCUCAUUUCCGAGGGCUCGUCGCCCAUCAGCUGCCCGGCUCAGUGCCUGUCCCCCGGGCCCGGCCACCCGGCCCCGGCCCCAACCUCGGCCCCUGCAGCAGCGCCGCCCGCGCCGCCCUCCCCCAGUGACACCAUCUCCCCCACAUCCGCUUCGGUCUCCGCCUCGGAACUCGGCCGUGUUCCAGACGGAGGGGUUCGCGGGAGCCGCUCAGGCCCCGGCUUGGCCUUCGAGGACACGGAAGAGGAGGAAGAGGAGGAAGAAGAGGAUGACGAGGAGGAGGAAGAGGAGGAGCAGGAACCUCAGCGCGCCCCGGGGGCACCUGCCAGCAUCGAGCUGGAGCUGGUGGACAUGGAGACACUGUGUGGAGGCGGAGGUGGCGGCAGCGGCAACAGCGGCGGUGGAGGAGGUGCCCUGCAGCCCCCCGGCAGGCCCCCGGCCCCUGUGCGGCCCCCACCCGCCCAGCCGGGGCCCUUCCUCUUUCUCAGCAACCCCACGCGGGACACCAUCACUCCCGUGUGGGGCGCGCCAGGCCGGGCUGCCCGAGCCAGCCGUGCCUGCUCAGCUGCCUGCUCAGAGGAAGAGGACGAAGAUGAGGACGAGGAAGAGGAGGAUGAGGACGAGGACGAAGAUGAAGAGGAAGGAGACGAGGAGGAAGAGGAGGAGGCCUCGGGGGUGGUGGCCCCUCGCGGGCUGAGCCUGGGGCCCGGCCCCGCAGCUGCCCGAGACGCGUCCCUGGUCUACGAUGCGGUCAAAUACACGCUGGUGGUGGACGAGCACACGCAGCUGGAGCUGGUGAGUCUCCGGCGUUGUGCCUCAGGCCUCAGCCACGACAGUCCGGCCAGCGACAGCGGCAGCGACAGCGGCAGCGAGGAUCCCGGCUCCCCGCCCGGGUCUGGGGCUCCAGGGGCCCGAGAUCUGCACCUGGGCAGCCGCAGCGGCGCAGCCUCCCCAGACAGCCCGGACAGCCCCGACCUCACCUUUUCCAAGAAGUUCCUCAAUGUCUUCGUCAACAGCACGUCCCGCUCCUCCAGUACAGAGUCCUUCGGGCUUUUCUCCUGCAUGAUCAAUGGUGAGGAGAGAGAGCAAACCCAUCGAGCUGUGUUCAGGUUCAUCCCAAGACAUUCCGAUGAGGUGGAGUUGGAUGUGGAUGACCCUGUUUUGGUGGAGGCUGAGGAGGACGACUUCUGGUUUCGAGGCUUUAACAUGAGGACAGGCGAGAGGGGCAUCUUCCCAGCCUUCUAUGCCCAUGCUGUUCCUGGCCCCACCAAGGAUCUGCUGGGGGGAAAGCGGAGCCCAUGCUGGGUGGAACGUUUUAACGUGCAGUUUCUGGGUUCGGUGGAGGUUCCCUGUCACCAGGGCAAUGGGAUCCUGUGUGCCGCCAUGCAGAAGAUUGCCACAGCCCGGAAGCUGACCGUCCACCUGCGUCCUCCCGCCUCCUGUGACCUCCAGAUCUCCCUUCGAGGGGUUAAGCUGAGUCUGAGUGGGGGUGGGCCUGAGUUUGAGCGCUGCAGUCACUUCUUCCAGAUGAAGAAUAUCUCGUUCUGCGGCUGCCACCCUCGAAACAGCUGCUAUUUUGGCUUCAUUACCAAACAUCCAGUUCUCAGCCGCUUUGCUUGCCAUGUGUUUGUCUCCCAAGAAUCCAUGCGGCCUGUUGCCCAGAGUGUGGGCCGAGCCUUCCUGGAAUAUUAUCAAGAACACCUGGAAUAUGCGUGCCCCACAGAAGACAUUUACCUGGAGUAGUCAUGCCUGGGCCCCUCUCCUCCCCUGGGGGGACAGGAGGAGGGAGUGACCUUAUGUGCUUAGAGAUCUCUGAGGCUGCACCGGGAAUUCUGGCCCUUAUUCCUUUCCCCUCCCCACCCAGGGCACAUUAAGGGGGAGACACUGGCCUUCUCUGUGAGGGAAUGGGGGCCCUGAGCAGAUCCAGGAAUCACUUGAGACCUCCCCCUUCCAUGUUCCUCCCCUCUCUUUGACUAUCCCUUUCUGUGUUUGUCUCUCUGAGUCUCUCCC